AUGGAGAAACAGAAUUACAAGCCCUGCGCACGAAGUUAUCCCAGAAGGAAGAAGUUCGCUACUCCAUCUUUGCUAAAGAAGUCGGCGAAAGCGGCACACCCCAGCCACCUGCAAGGCUUCACGGUUUUCAUCGGACAAAAGUCUCUCACCGGAGUUAAGAAAGUGGUUGGAAACAGAGCCUAUGUUGAGGUAUCUAAAGGUAAUGAGCAACAAAACUACGACUACAGCAUCAAAGAUGGUGAUUACGAGGAAUUUGGCUCCAGAGACAGGAAGAGAGGAAAACACAGGGAUAUAGAAGAAUUCAAGAAGGCAGUUGAAGGAGGAGAACGAGAUAUAAAGAGGCUAAGGUUACACCAUUCAGAAGUCUGCGCAAAGUACCCUCGUUUCGUAAAUGAAUUUAUUCGUGACAUUAUUCCAGAACCUCAAAUCAAAGCGCAUCCCCUUUAUCCCUGGCAGCAACAAUUGUAUGCCGUACUCAAAGGGCCUGCAGACGACAGAACUAUCCAUUUCAUAGUAGACACCAAAGGCAACAAAGGAAAGAGUUGGUUCGCAAAAUAUUACUGCAGUCAGUAUCCCGACAAAACUCAUAUCCUGCGACCCACCAAACAUGCGGACAUGGCCUACGCUCUUCCCUAUGAACUCAAAGUCAUCUUUAUAGAUUGUACCAGAAAACAAGUUGAGUACAUGCCAUACACUUUCAUGGAAGAAUUGAAACAUGGCCUUGUGUUCAACAGCAAAUAUGAAAGCUGCGUGAAGAAAUACACGAACCUUCAUGUAGUGGUACUCAUGAAUCAAUUUCCUGACAUGGAAGCACUCAGUGAGGACAGAUACAACAUUAUUGAAUUAUAG